UCUGUAGCAGGCCUUAUGCUGUCAAAUUACAUUGGAAUGAGAAUAGACUCUGUCCCCUGUUACACUUCUGAUGUCACAAAGCAGAGUGCAUUUAGGACACACAAGAUUUCCCUGUCUCUACAUCAACGCUACAGGCUGAAUAAGGUACCAUUUGUUCGUCCCAGUCGAUUUUUUCCUAUUUGUAAAUGGUUUUGUGCUUUCCUCAAGAUGGUUUUAAGAAUGUUUAACAGAUGAAGAUAAGGUAUGAAUUUAGACCAAUCUGUUAACAGCUGGGAUUUGAAAAGAGAGAACACGUUUCAUCUUCUGAAAACUCAGCAGAAUAUAUAUUUCCCCUGACUAAGCAUUCACAAUGAGUACAGCCAGCAAGGUUUCUAAGUCAUCCUUGGUAAACUCUCUGGCCAAGAGGUAUGAUCCAAAAGCCUUACAGAAUCAAGGACCCAUCAUUGCACAAAAACCACAACAACCUCAACCUGGUUUCAAACCGGUGAACGUAAACAACACCAUGGAUACAAAUUUUGAUUUUUUGAAUCAAAAGAUGGACUGUGUAUUGAUGACCCAAAAUAAUGUUGUUGAAAAGCUGGAUAAUAUUAUGCAGGAUAUUGGGGGCAUUGAAAGAUCCCUUGAUUUAAUAAAGCCGGAUGACAGCAAGACAGAGCAUCUGAGUGAGAACUCUAAAGACAAAGUAAAAAUGUUAGACAUUAAAGAGCUUUUUGUGGAAAUGAUCUCCAACCUCUCAUCUAUUAACAAAUAUGCAGAGCAGCAAGCUCAAAAGCUCCAUGGGGUGGAACAGAUACUUCUUGGCGCACAAAAUGUCAUACAUUUUAUAGUGGAGGAGAUGAAAAUUAAAAAAAUGUUUACAUUUGUCCAGAAAACAGAAACUCCAUCAAAACCAGUCAUUGUUGCUAACAAAAUUAGGAAGGAAGAAAGAGAAAUUCAGAAAAAAAGUGGUGAAAUUAAAGGCAGAAAAAAAAUUCUAAGAAACCAGGAUCCAACAAGAAAGCAGAAAACUUGUCUAAAUGACAAGCAAAUGAAGGUAAACAAGGAUCAAAUACAUGAAAAGAAGAAUUGGGGUUUAAAGGGAACAAAAUCUCUGAAGAAAAAGAAGCCACCAGAUUCAGAGCAAACUGCCCAAAGGAACCAGUUCUACACAUAUGAAGAAAAGGUCCAAAAACUCAAUCAGGAAAAUCUAGAAAAGGCAACGGUUAUCCUGGUCAAUAAAAGUACUCCAGAAAGCUGCACAGAAGAGAAGAGUUGCAUUUCUAUAUCCAUACCAACUGUACAAAGUAGAGUACCAACUCCACAGGGAACACCUAUAAUUAUCUCUGAGGAAAAGGAAUUAUCUGCUUCUCCAGAUGAAUAUUCCAAUACUGAACUACUAAUAAAAGACAAUAGAUGUGUUGAAUGCACAGGUCAUUAUUCACCUGAUGCUCAGGAAUUUGAGGGAGAAACUAAGCCUGGUCUUUUGGUUGAUGAGAAUGAAGAAAACAAAGAUGGUGAAAAUGAAUAUGAAGAGGAUGAAUAUGGUGAAGAAAUUGAAGAUGAAAUUGUGGAGAAAAAAGAAAAGUCUGCUUUAGAUGCAGAAGAAGAAGAAACAACUGAUAGCACUGUUCAUGUUAUUUCACAAUGUUCUGAAGCACAGGAAGCGGAAAGAGCAGAAUCAGUCUCCUCAGAAAGUGACAUCCCUUAUGAUACUUUGGCACUGCCAGAAGAUGUGUCACAGACAGAGCCCAGCUCUAACAGCAAACGUCGAGUAACUGAUGAAACUGUUAUUAAAGAUGAUACAAAGAAAAGCAGGGUUGACACAGAGGACACAGAAGGCACAGAAGGCACAGAAGUCAAGACUGAUAAGACUGAAGAUGUGGAAGAGAUAACAAUAAAUGCUAUAAUACCUGUCAAAGAACCAGAGGCAGCUGAUGGCACUAAUGACAAAAAGGACCAAUCUUUUUAUGGGGAGGAAGAGGCAUCAUUUUAUUUUGAUGUGUCACCACCUCCCCCAGCUCCCUUUUCUCACCGGAUUGUCUCAGCUAAACAUGCACUGAUAAAUAACUUUUAUACUGUGGAAACAUCAGAAAUGCUUGGAGGAGGACGAUUUGGUCAGGUACAUAGAUGUGUAGAAAAGUCCUCUGGUCUGUCGCUGGCCGCAAAGAUUAUUAAAGUCAAAAGCCAUAAAGAAAAGGAAGAAGUGAAAAACGAAAUACAAGUCAUGAACCAGUUGAACCAUGUGAAUCUUAUUCAGUUGUAUGAUGCCUUUGAAUCCAGAAAUGACAUAGUGCUCAUUAUGGAAUACGUUAAAGGGGGUGAACUCUUUGACAGAAUAAUUGAUGAAAAUUACAAUCUGUCAGAAGCAGACACAAUACAGUUCAUCAAGCAAAUCCUUGAAGGGAUCCAGUACAUGCACCAAAUGUACAUUGUUCAUCUUGAUCUUAAGCCUGAGAACAUUGUGUGCGUAAGCCGAACAGCAUAUCAGGUCAAAAUAAUAGAUUUUGGUCUCGCUAGAAGAUAUAAGCCAAGGGAAAAGCUGAAAGUGCAUUUUGGAACUCCUGAAUUCCUUGCUCCUGAAGUUGUGAACUAUGACUAUGUCUCAUUUCCCACAGACAUGUGGAGUGUGGGAGUCAUUGCAUACAUGCUAUUAAGUGGACUAUCUCCAUUCCUUGGUGAAGAUGACAACGAGACUCUAAACAACAUCCUGGCAUGCCAGUAUGAUUUUGAGGGCGAGGAAUUUGAAAAUAUUUCUGAGGCUGCCAAAGAUUUUAUCACCAAAUUGCUUAUAAAGGAAAAAUGCUGGAGAAUGAGUGCUACUGAAGCUUUAAAACAUCUGUGGAUAUCAGACUCCAACCUACACUAUAGAAUAAGUCAGCAGUGUAACAGCGAAAUUUGCCCUGUGUCAGACGAAUCAGGAAAUAAAUGACAUAUUCCAGUAUCAAAGCAGAAGGCAUACCGCUGUGUGGUUUAGGAAUAGUUAG